CCCCUGAGCAGUACUGAGCCCGCAGUCCACAGAAGUUUUGACAACUUGAACUUCCAAACAAUGAAACACACUGACAAAGGGGAGAAUUGGCUUGCUUAAAAACCCUCCAUAAAGCUAUGACUUCGUUCCUUUUCAUUAUAAAGGUCCCUGUCGAGGAGGCGAAGCACAAAUCCAAGGAGACCGAAAAGAAAGGUAAGAAAGAAGUUCAAACUGACGAUCAAAAGAAAGAUGCAGUACAAAAUGGUGAUAUAAAGAGGGAUGGAGUGCUAACUGACGAUCUGAAGAAGGAUGAAGUGCUAACCGAUGAUCUUAAGAAGGAUGAAGUCACAAAUGAGAGGGAAGAGACCGAAGAUAAAGAAACUUCUGAUCAAAAAGAGGAUAAAAUUACCUCAGAUGCCAUAGAUGAAACAAAAAAUACAAAUAAAACUUCUGAUGAUAAAAAUGAACCGAACAAGACUGAAAAAGUGGUUGUGCAGCAGUCAUCAGCAACAACAUUGGAUGAAUGGGAUUUUGGUGAAGAUGAUCCUGUAAAAGACUGUGAGACAGCAGAUGAAGUCCCUAUCAAUAAAGAAGAAAAUAAACCUAUUGGCACAGAUGAGGUCCCUAACGAAAAAGAAGAAAAUAAACUUAUUGACCCAGAUAAAAAGUCUCCAUUGUUUUUUGAACAAAUAAAAGGAGCUUAUUCUGCGAUUAAAGACAUGGUAAUUCCAAAAAAGGAUGAUUCUUUUUCAGAAGAAGGUAGUAUUGUCGAUGAAAAAUCUAACUUAUUGGUGGAAAGUUGCGAAACAUCAGAAAAAUUAGUUGUAGAUAGAAAAGAUUCUGAGCCAAGAUUUUUUGAAGUUGAGCCAGUUGAUGAAAAAAAAGAAAUAAUACCAAAAUUGGACGAGAGUGAAAUAGAAAAUUUAUUACCUUUAUUGGAAGAGAGUAAAAAAUCAGAAAUGAAACCUUUUUUGGAAGAGAGUGAAAAAUCAGGGGAUCCAAAAGAAUCUCCUAAAAAAUCAUUUGCCGUUACAGCAGUUGAAGCUCCAAAGCCGGAAACUGAAAGCAAAGAAAAAGAACCAAUUCCAACAGAGAAUUUCUAUGUAUCAACAGACAAAAAGAAUGCAAUCAGUCUACCAGAGAUUAAAUCUUCACUCUUGCUUGGUAUACCAGAAAGUAAAUCAUCAGCCAGUCUACAAGAAGAAAACUCGACUGCAAGUCUUCCAAAUAAAGGAGCAACAAUAAGUCUUGGAAAUAUUGAAAACUUACAUAAAAAGGUUCAGUUUUUGUCACAAGUUUCAGCUACUGAUGAAGAAGAUCUUCAUCCAUUCAUUGAACCAACAACUAUUCUAGAGGAUACAGAAGCUAUAUUAGAUGAUUUUGGAAUUGAGAAUUAUGUUGUGUCAAAAACAGCUACUGGAAAAUUUUAUCAGAUACUAUUUAUAGAUGAAGGAGGAGAAAAGUGUGAAAUGAUACUGAAUAAAUUGGUAGAUCAAGGUAUUGGGAAAAUGGAUAAUACUUCUGUAGGAAUUUAUCCAUCAAGCAUAUUUAAAGGUGCAGCAACAGUAGUAGAUAACAGUGACGAGGGUGAUAUUGACAGUGAAGGAUCAAUAUAUGAGGGAGAAUUUAGGAAAUCCAUCAAAGCAAGACUCUUAGUGUCACAGGUGGUGAGUUCUGUGCAGGGUAAUGCAGAAUUUAAGUUUGACUAUCUAAUGCUUAUAAUUACAGCAAGUAUAAUUGCAGCAUUAGGAUUAAUAGAAGAUAGUUCUGUAAUACUGGUAGCAAGUAUGCUGGUUUCUCCUCUAAUGGGACCAAUUUUAGCAGGAACUUUUGGAUUUGUUAUAAAAAACUACUCAUUGAGGAAUUUAGGAAUAGCUUCUGAACUGAAGGGCUUAGCAAUAUGUGUUCUAUGUGGGUUCAUAGUAGGGUUAAUUGCAUCUAGUAUUGCUGUCAAUUAUGGAACACUGGGAGGAACAGAAUCAUGGCCGACAGAUGAAAUGAAAAUCAGGGGAGUGGUGAGAGGUCUUGUUCCAGGUUUAAUGAUUGCCUUAGCCUCUGGUAUAGGGGUAGCCUUGUCUGUUUUAGGAGGUAACGCUGGGUCUUUGGUGGGUGUGGCAAUCUCAGCUUCACUCCUCCCUCCAGCUGUAAAUGCUGGUAUGUUGUGGGCACAUUCCAUUGUAACUGUGAUUAAACCAUUAGAACUAGUCCCUCAAAUAUUCAUCGAAAACCAGAAUACAUCCAUGAAUGCAACUGUUAAUAUGACUGUAAAAACAUCAGAUUCUCUAAUAUGUCCUGCCUACCUCGACAAUAAAUAUGAACCAGUCUAUUACUGUGAGAUGGAGAUUGAGUCAAUCUGCUUAGGAUGUAUAAGUCUCUCUCUGACCAUACUUAAUAUCUUCUGUAUUUUUAUUGUAGGAAUUAUAUUCCUCAAGAUAAAAGAAGUGGCACCCCAGACUUCAGUAUCUGAUGAAGCCAGGGGUUUUUGGAAAGAUGACAUCAAGAUUGCCAGAGAUUCAUAUGUGACUCUGAAAGGGAAACAGUCUCUGAAUUUUGGCGCUGAAGCAAAGAAACUCCUAGAAGAAUUGAGGAAGAAGCAAGGAGUUGAAAGUGAAGGAACUGCUCAACGUCUUAGAAGUAUCAUUGAGGAUGUAGAACAAGAUAGUGGAGUACAAUUUGUACAGAGUCGCAUUCCAGGCUCAAAUAGAACUAAUGCAUUUUCGCGGCAAUUUUCUGAUGAUUUGUUUACACCUGUUGAUGUUUUUUCCCGAACAUUUUCAAAGCGUUAUCAUGACACAUAUCAUGGUCCGCCAAACAGGUCAAGUAUGGGAUACCGCAGACCAGUGAGAAUUGGAAGUGAUAAUACUUGUGGAACUGUGACUUCAGCACCAAUUGCAGAGAAAACAGAUGAAUCUUCUCCACUAAUAGAUGACAGCAAUGCAUCAAGUUCUACACGCAGUCCUGGUACUUCUUUCCUUGACAAACUAAAAUCCCCUAUAACAAACAGUAUGUUUUUCCGAGGAAAAAGAUCUAACAGUGUUGAUCUUCAUAAAAUGGACCCUGUUUAAAUAAUUAGGGAACUACUUGUGAUUUGUAAAAGGUGCUCAACUGAGUUGGUUGCAUAAUUUAAAUGAAAUGUUUUUUGUUUAGCCUUAAGCAGAUAAGGAAAUAUUAGACAUGUUAUAUAUGACAUGGAUGACAUGGAUGAAAUGCUUUUGGAAUUAAGGUUUUAAAAAAGGCAUGAUAUUGGAUAAAAGGGGUAACAAAAGGUGAGAUCUUCAGACAAAAAAAGAUGGGGGAGGGGGAGGGGGAAGUGAGGGAAAAUAGUCAAAAAUGCUUGAGCACCCUUGUUUUACUUCUACAAACAAUAUCAUGAAAUGUAUUUAUGUUAUUCACAGGUAUUGCGUGUUAAGUAUAGUACAUCUAUGUUGAUAAAACCAUGCUCACAUGUUAAAUAUGAUUUUUCGGUUUAUCACAAUUAACAAGCCUCAUUGAUCAACAUCUGAAUUUUAUGAGUAGUUUUGUUAUAUUUACUAUUAUUAUGUAGCAUGUAGAUUGCAUAGUUCUGUAGAAUCAGAGAUGUUAAACACAAUGAACAGCAUUUUUAGUCAAAAGUAUUAACUUGUUGGAACAUCCAAAUAUGCACAUUUAGUUUAAAUGGACAUGUGUGUAAAUUCGUCAAAACAUAAUAGAAUUUAGAAUGGAUAAUUCCAUUAUUGAUACAUUUUUAAAGGAUGAGGAAUAGAAGUGCUUAGAAAAACUAAAUGUUAGUCCUUUUUUUAUGACUCUUUUUGGCUGAGAUGUCAAGAAGGAUUUGAGGAUUUUAAGCUUGAUAUCCUAUGACAUGUUUUUUUUCAAUUGUCUAGUAAAGGUCUAAAACAACUCCAUGUAAGAGGAAUUCGGAAAAUGAAUUAUUAGAAGAUAUAAAAAUGUGCAUGAUGGCCUUCACAUUCUAACAAUAGCACAAAAUAGUGCUGAGAUAAAGGAUUAAUGAUAAAAAAUAUCAAUAGAAUGGAAUCUAUUUCAAAAUAAAUGAAUUUAAACAAUAUCUCAAAAAGCAUACAUAGAAUUUUUGGUCUACUUUAGACAAUAAAGCAAUGUAGAUUGCUCUCUUAUAGUUUCAUCUGAUUUGCCAUCUAUUUAUUAAAAAAUCCUAAAGGAGUAGGUCCAGUAAGGACUCAUUUUGGCCUGAAAUUUCAGUUUCAUCUGACGAAAGAUUUUGACCACUUUUUAAACAUAUAAGUGCCUAUUUCACUUGAUUCAAUUAGUUUUUUGUGAAAGAUUUUAACUGAUUUAGGCAUUAAAAACGAUCCGAUACAAGCUCAAAUAUGAAAAAUCUCUAAAAUAUGCCAAAAACGUCACUUUUCAGAUGGUUUUCGUCAAAAAUGAAAGUGGCCACAUCCGUGUUCAUCCACAACCUUUAUAUAUGUUAUUUAUUAUCAUAAAAUACAACUUACAUUUCAAUAUUAAGGAUGAACACGAAUGCGGCCACUUUCGUUUUACACGGAAACCGUCUAAAAUUUAACUAAAAUGAUAGAAUUUUGAAGAUUUCAGUAAUUUAGCAUGACUUAAUGGUGCUUGCUACAACCCAUUAUAUGUGCAUUGCAUUGUCAAAAACAGCCCAUAUUUAUGUAGCAAAAGCAUCCAACAGUCCAAUAAAUAACUAAAAGUUUACAUUUUAACAAUUUUCUAAAACUUAUUUUUUGGGGCCAAAAAGGGGUCUUACCGGACCUACUCCUUUGACUGGAUAAAUGAUAUUAAUAAUAUGGGCAUUUUAAUGGCAAACUCCUGAAGAAACUUGACCAUCAACAGAACUUUUAUGAAGAUACAAGUGUACAAAGCUGUUUUUCAAAUAAUCUGUUUUAUUAUUAUAAUUGUUAUGUAAAUUAUUAAGAUUUUCCUUUUACAAAUUAUUUGUUUGUAAAAUUUUUUUAAGAUUAUAUUUAAAAUUGUAUUACAUUCAUCAUAUACACGUGCAAUGAAUUGUUUGUUGUAUUUUUACCUUAAAAUUAGAAAAUUGAUUAACUUUGCAAAAAUGUUUUGCUAUAAAUGUAAAGUCAAGAUCGUCUCUGACAGAAAUUGAAUUUGAAUUUUUCUCCUAGGGAAUUUGCUACAGUAUUCUCAAAAGACUAGUCAAAUUGUUAACCUGUCUUGCCUUUAUAAACAAUGAAACAAUUUGAUGCAUUUAACUAUAAAUGUAUCUAAAUAUAGAUAUAGAAAUAGAUAUGGAAUAUACAUGCAUGUAUAUAAAGCAUUUUUGAGUCUGUGGAAAUUAUGUGAAUGAAACAGCAGAAUUCAUAUAGCUGUUUUGAUAUUAUAAUGCACUUUGAUUUUAUAUUAACAAACUCCAAAGCAAACUGAGCCAUAAUAUGUGGAAAACACCUUAUUUUAUUGUACAUUAUCUAUUGAAAAAAACUUGAUUAAAUCUAUUAAAAAAAAUCUUAUUAAAAAUUUCAGCAUAUCUCAUCAAUUUUGUUUAAUUCUAUAAUGGUUGGAAAAAUAAUGAUAUAAAUUAUGAUUAAUAAGUGUGAUUUUGAUUUGUUAUUGUUUAAUUUAUUAUAAUUGUAUUGUUGAUUUGUUGUCAUUCCAUGUUAAGAUAUUGUCUGUUAUUUUAAUAUUUAAUAUUUGUAUGUAUGUUUGUUUUAAUUUUCCACAUUAUUUUAUUGUUAUGAAAAAUUCUUAAGUAUUGUACAGUGAAAUGUCUAGGAUAGAAAUUACCAGACUACAGACAGAUGAAAGAUUUAUUUUUAUAAACUAUGACACAACGAUUUGGACUACAACUAGGUUCAUUAUUAUUAGCAGAUAAUCAUAUUAUAUAACAUUUUUUUAAUUAUUUUUUUGGCACUGUGAACAAACAUCAAUGGUGAUAAGUGAUCAGAACAUAUUUUUAAAACUCCUGUCCUUGCAUGUUAUUAGAGAUGUUGAGAAUGCUGAAGUGGGUCUCAUUGGGGUCUAAGUGUGACGCGAGAUUGCCGAUUAAUUGUAAGCGUGACAUGUGAAAGUUUAAAUUAUUGUGUCGUGAAAACGGGAAACGAGGUGUUGAGGGAUCCAGGAAAUGACAAAAAAAUAAGAAUUGCUUACAUACAUAGUGUUAGCAGGAUACGGGAAUCUGACAAAACAGUAAGCGGGAUCAGAACACACACCCCCUCCCCCCAACGAAACCCCUGCUGAAGGUGGCAUUAACACCAACUACUACAAUGAAUCAACCAACCAAUCAUUGUUGACAGCUGAUUUAAGCCAUAAUUUGAUUUUUUUUUAUUUUACAUUAAAAGCCAGGACACAUUUUUUUUUUAUAAUUUAUAAGCAUAAAAAAAAUACAAUUGUCUUUUUA